CCCAAGUUCAAGUAAUCUCUCUCUCUCUCUUCUCUAUCUCUCUCACACACACACACACACACACACGCGCGCAAUUCCAAGGUCAAACGAUUUUUCGAACUACCUUUCUCUCUGCCUCUUGCUGACCGACUCGAGUUUCCGUCUGAGAUUGGUGGCCUUGAAAUGCUCCCGGGAACGGAUUUUGAUAUUGUGGCACGAGUUUGUGACGCUGUUGGAGGGUCUUCUGCUAGCUAGAAGACCCUUCUGAUCGAAAUUGAUCGCUUUUGCUUCAAAUAUUCGAGAUCAAGAAAGGUUUUCAGUUGUUGGUUUCUUUCGUUGUUACUGUUUGGCAAUCAUGCCAGCUUUACAGAAGCUUUAUAGUGCUUGUAAGGUGUCACUUUCUCCGAAUGGGCCUGUUUCAGAGGAAGCUCUCGAAAAAGUUCGUGCGCUGCUAGAUAGGAUCAAACCCUCAGACGUUGGUCUUGAGCAGGAGGCGCAAUUAGUACGUGCGUGGACGGGUUCUGUGCAAGGGCGCAAUGGGAAUCUUCAUUCUCAGCCACCCAUCAAAUACCUGCAUUUGCACGAAUGUGAAGACUUCUCUAUGGGAAUAUUCUGCUUGCCUCCUUCCUCUAUGAUUCCUCUUCAUAAUCAUCCUGGAAUGACUGUGUUGAGCAAACUUCUUUAUGGUACAAUGCUUGUAAGGUCAUUUGAUUGGGUUGAUGUGCCUGUACCUUCUGAUGAAAUCCAAGAGGUUCCUGUUGCAGCGAGACCUGUGAAGCUUGUUAGAAGUGGUGAGAUGAGGGCACCCUGUGAAACAACUACUCUCUAUCCAGCGAGUGGAGGCAACCUUCAUUCUUUCAAAGCUGUUACUCCAUGUGCCAUCUUUGACAUCCUGUCUCCGCCUUAUUCUGCCCAGGAUGGACGGGACUGUACGUACUUCCGGAGGUCUCCAAGGGCAGAUCUUCCAGGUACUGUUGAAGUGGAUGGGUCGACAGUGGAUGUGACUUGGUUGGAACAAUUCCAACCCCCAGACGACUUUGUGAUUCGGAGAGGGCAGUACAAGGGUCGUCCAAUUAAAAUUUGAGGGUUCUUGUUUUGGUGUUCACGUUUCUUUAAAUGAAAUGAGCACGUUGCUUGGGUAGUUUGAGGUGAAUUCUGGAAUUGAGUUGUCAAUAGCCAUAACAAUAAUUAAUUUUGUUGGCUAUAAGUUAGGCAUUAGACCUGUACAUAUCAUAUAUAGUUACUUGAUGUAGUGACCUCAGUUUUAACAAUUUGAACACGAACAAAGUUUGAAAUAAUUGUAGCUUUUGUUUCCUUAUCAUCAGCAAUCUUUUGUUUUGUUAUGAUAAGAAGGAAAAAAUUUAUUUGUUUCACCUCUGCUUCUGGUCUGUAGGUCGGGUAGGUUAAUAGACUUGUGAAACCGACCAACAUUUUUGGAUGAUGAUAGUAGAGCUUGUUGGAUUUCA